AUGGAUUCUUUAACAAAAGAUAUAAAAGAAUCAAAUCAUAAAAGAAAUAUCUUUUUUAAUAAAAGUGGUGGUUGUAUAAAAGAAAAUGAUGUUUAUCAUAAAAGAGAUAUUUCUAUGAAAGUAAAACAACAAAAUGUAAAUUAUAAUAAUAUUUAUUAUAUACACAAUAACAUAGGAUUAGAAAAGAAAAAAAGCUAUCUCCAUAAUAGGGUAAAUUUAAAUUCAAAGAACUUUUUAAACCUUAAUAAAAACGUAAAUGUAUUGUAUAAAGCAAAUAUAAAGGAUCAAAGAAUAAAAAAUAAAGAAAAAUAUUCAUAUUAUGAGCCUCUUAGAUAUCCUGCAUUUAGAAUGUCCGAUAAAAUAAAAUCACAAAAAGUAGAAAAUGAAGAAACAAAAAACAAUUUUACGGAGAAUAACAGUCUUAUUGAAAAGAAUGAUAAAGGGGGAAGUAAUGAUAUGGUGAAUAAAGAAAAUAUAAAUUCUGAUAAAAAAAAAUUAGAUAUAGUAAAUAAUAGUAUAAGUUUAAAUGAAAUUAUAAAUGAAAAAAAAUAUAAUGUAAAUAAUAAUAAUAUGACAAAUACUUUAAGUGAUUUAACAGAAGAAGAAAAUAGUACAAAAAAAUUUAAUGAAAUAUUCUAUAUGGAAAGGGAUAAGAAAAAUUUGAAAAAUAACAAAAUAAUAAAUAGUAAAAAUAAUGAUUAUGUAUAUGUUCAUAGAGAAAGUGUAGUUAAUCAUAAAUCGGAAAUAGAAUAUAAAGAAAAUAAGAAAAAAGAAGAAGAAAUAAAUAAAGAAAAAAAGGUUAUAGAUAAUUACAAAGAACUUAAGGAAAGAGAAAAAAUAAAUAAAAGGAGAUAUAAUCAUAAUAAGUAUAAAAAAUAUUCAGAAAAAGAAAACAAUAGUGAUUCAUAUGUAGAAGGUAAAGAGCAAUUAACAGAUACUAUGGAAAUAACACAAAAAAGUGUAAUUUUUUCAAGCGAUGAAGAUAAUUUUUUUUAUGAUAAAGAAAAUCAGGAAAUAAGAAAAUUUCUUUCUAUUAAUCAAACAAAAUCUUUUAUAAACCCAAAAGAAAUUACUAAUGAAGUAAAGUUUAUAUUACAUAUGACUCUACUAACGUUAUAUAAAGAUCAAAUUAAACCAACUUAUAGAAAAAUUAAACAACGACUAAAAUGUUUUAACGAAAAUUAUGAAAUAAAAUACAAUUUCUUAAAUAUAUAUGCAUCCUUACAUAAUCAAUAUAUUGUUGUCAAAUCAAAAAAUAAUAAUAUUUUUGUUCUUUUACGAGAAACACCUAAAUGGUUUUCUGGAUGGGUGAAAACGAGGAGUUUUAGAAAUUCUUAUCCAAAAAAAAUGUGGAAAAAAUUGAUUACUUAUUUUUUAGACAUAUGUAAGUCAAAAAAAAAUGAUUCCCAUUUAUAUUUUUUAAUUGAUUUUGUUAAAUAUUUGAAUAAAAAGAAAUUUAUAUUUUCAAUAAACUCAAAAAGUGGAGAUCUUUGGAAUUCAUAUGAUUGUGCAAUUAACGCUGAUGUAGAACAAGAUAUUUCAAAUAAGUUUUAUUUAUUUAAUUUGGAGAAUAAUGAUUUUUCUUAUUUCUCUCAAUGUAAUAAUAGUUACAGAGAAAAUCUUCAGAAUGCAUUUUUAAAUUAUUAUAAUUUUUUUUUAGAAGAGAAGGAAAGCAGUAUAAGGUUAUCUCAAGCCAAUAUUUUAGAAAAUUACAAAAAUGAUAAUGAAGAUGCUUCUAUUGGUGAAGAGUUAAAUUAUGUAAAAAAAUGUACAACUGAUGAUAAUAAUAAUAAUAAUGAAAAAAAAACAGAAAAUGAUAAAAAUAAUUAUAAUUUAAGAAGUAAUUUACUAAAUGAAAAAAAAAAAGUGGAUACAGAAAUUCCAUGGGAAUUUGAUAAUGACAUAUAUGAAGUUGCAAAUUUUUUAAAAAAAAAAAAUUUCUAUUUUUUGAAAGAUUAUUCAUUAGGUAAGAUUGCUCAUAUAAUCCAGUUAAGUUUAUAUAGUGGUUUAAUGCAUGAAGAAGGCCAAUUAAUAAAGCCAUCAUGCUCUGCUAAAAAUAUUGUAUCAUCCAUUUUUUACUUUAAAAAUAAUGAAAACAACUUAGAUUUUAAUAGCACUCAUUUAUCCAAUUUUGAAUCAGAUAAAAAUACAAAUUACUUUUCAAAUGAUUUGUAUUCUGAAAAUAUCAAAAAUGAUAAUUUGAAAAAUUUCAGUUCUUUAAAUCACUUUAUAUUCGAUGUAAACAAUUAUGGAAUGAGAGAAUGGCUGAAAAAAAAAAACUAUCACAGUUGUUAUAGAGAAGAAAAAAAAUAUUUAAAAAAUGAUGAAGAUUUUUUAAAAAUUUAUGAAAGUUAUUUAAAAAAUGAUGAAUAUUUUUUCAGAAAUGAUGAAUUAUUUUUUGAAAAUAGCGAAGAUCCUUUUAAGAAUAAUGAAGAGAAAUAUUAUAUUCCAAUUAAAAAUAUUGAAGAUGCUAAAAUAAAAAUUGAACGUUUACUAAAAAAUAGUCAUAAAAAGCGAAUUUUUCUUUGUCUAUUUAGAGAAAAAUUCUUUAGAAAAUAUAAAGAGACUAUAAAUCCCCUAUAUUUUGGUUAUAAUAGCUUAAUUGAAUUUCUAUUUUUUAGUUGUAAGGAUGUGUGCAAAAUUUAUAUUUUAAAUAAUAACUUAAUGCUAUUUCAUCCUAGUUGUGAUUUAGAAUAUUUAAAAAAGAAGAGUGAUGAUGAAAAUAUUGUAGAAGAAUUUUCAUAUUCCGACUAUUACUAUAAUAAACCAGAAAAAGAAAAUAGUAAAUUUAAAGAUGUAUCACUAGAAAUAUGCUCUAUUAUGAAAGAUUUAGCAAAAAAAAAAAAUACAUUUUUUAUAACUUUUUGUUUUUGGAAAAAUAUGAAUAAAAAUAAUAAAAAUAUUUUAGAAAAUAUUACUUUUUUAAAUGAGGAGGAAUAUAUUCAAAAAAUAAAUAGAAAUAAGGAUGAAGAAAAUUAUUUUUUAAUUAAUAACCAAGAACCAAAAGAAAAUAUUCCUUAUUACACAUAUUUUAUAAAUAAUGAUAAUUUAUUUAAUAUAUCUAGCUUAUUUAAAUCAAAACAACACAAUUAUGAUUAUUUUAAUAAUUGCUUAUGA